AACGGUUCUCAUUUUCGAUUCGUAAACGGUUCAGACAAGCCUGAGAAACCAUUCAAGAAAAUAAUAGCAAAAUAAAUAAUAGAAUGAAGUAUUUAAUAGUGUUUGUUUGUGCCUUAGUUGUGGCAGUCGAAAGCAGGGGAUUGCCAAAAUAUCUGAGAAAAUUCGCCUGCGCCCGCUACGAUCCUGAGUAUGAAAAAUGCAUCUUCAGGAGCUUCGAAAAUUCCCGCCCUUACUUCGUCAAAGGUAUUCCAGAGUUGGGAUUCCCCCCAUUGGACCCCUUCGAGUUGCCUGUUAUGAGUGUAGACAGGACCAUCAGCGACCUAGUCAACAUCAAAGCUGUUCUGAGAAACGUCAAAAUGACUGGCGCCAGAAAUACAGUCAUCGAUUACCUAAAGGCUGAUGCUGUAAAUGGGACAGGAGAAAUCAGGUUGACAAUCCCAUACUGUGAACUGGAAAUGGAAUAUGACGUCAGCGGACAACUGUUGAGCAUUCCUCUUGAAUCCAAAGGAUUCUUUCAAGGAAACUUCACCGAUACUCAACUUUAUGUUAAGGGUGGAGUGAAGAGGUACCUUAAGGACGAUGUGGAAUACUUUAGAGUUGGAAAGUUAGACAGCAAAAUAACCGUUGGAGAUGGACAUAUCAGUCUUUUGGCCAAAAACCCAGAAUUGCAAUUUGGAGCCAACUUGAUCUCCGACUUUUACAACGAAAAUCCCAGAAGAGUUAUGGACGCAGUUAACCCAAUUUUCGUGGAAUCCUCCAACGAAUUGUUCAGGGUCGUAAUGGACCAAAUUUUGGCCACCAUCCCCGCCAAGGAAUGGUUACCCGAAAACUAAAAUGUUUUAAUUUUAUUUAUACAUCACAAAAUUUUUGUGAAAUAAUGUUUACAAUUUUUUUUAUGUUUUAUAAAAAUAGUACUAG